GCCAGCAGAAUGGCAACCGCCAUGUCCCUCAGAACAGGAGCAAUGUUGAGGAAAACUCAUCAAGACUUGAUACGCACUUGUAGAACAAAAGUUAAAGUUUACAUAAAUAGGAAAAAAAAAGUUGCUUCCUAGCACACAGUAGUCAUUUCUACAUGGUGACAGGAUAAAAUUCCUAAACUGGUAUUCUUGCUUCACCCAGAAAGGUUUUUAUAAAGAGCAAUCAAAUGACUAUAUAAGUCUAAUUUGUCUGUUCAACAGUUGGGUCCAACAACAGGCUGCAGUGCAGCAGCUGUAAGCAUGUCAGACUGCACCCUUGAAGUCCUUGCCUGCUCCCCUGGCUCUUGGUUCUUAGGGCUAGUUCAGCUUUCACAGCUGAACAAGGUUUCUUGCACCUGUGCCUACACCUCUGGCUGUGCUUUUCCUGCCAGAGUGUGAGUAUUUUGCAGCAAAUUCAAGGAAAUUUAUUUUUUAGGUGGUGCAAGACUACCUUGUUGCCAGGACCUUCCUGUUCUAGGGAUCUCACAGCUUCUCUUCUAGAAUUUCAUACAACCCAGCAAAGUUGUAAAAUGUGUGAAAAAAUUUUCCCUAUGUUUGAUCUUCCCAGCCACUGAUACCUGAUGUAACUCAGAGUAUGUAUCCUCCUCUACCUCACCCCUGGGGAGCCUGUUUGUGCCCUACUCUCCCCUCCAGCUCCCAGACUGCAGAGGUGAAAAAAGGCAGCCAUGCCAGCCCCAGGGCUCUGCAGAUGAUGCAUGAACCUGCCAGAGUUGGAGGAGCCCUGCCUGUUGUACCGUGUCCUCUCUGUUGCAAUGCUGGUUGCGUGCAUCUACCUAUGCCAUGCAUCUUGGUUCUGAGAUGCUCUAGGAUUAUUUCCUGACCAAUUUCAAAGCAUUUUGUAUAUCCUUCAAGGUGCAGUUGUGCAAGGGCACUUGAUGGGAUCCAUCAGCAUUGGUGUGCGGUUUUACAUGCGGGUGUAGGGUGAUAUCCCUACUCAUUCCCACAUAUGUAUUGGCUAGAUAUGGUUUAAAGCAGCAAACGUGGAUUAGGGGUUCUUCCAUGUGAACUUUUAGGAAGUUUAGCCUACAGCCAGUGCUGAUGAAGUCUGGAACAAUCUGGAAAGACACCCAGGGACAUGACUGGCCAGCUGAUACAUGGUACUUGCUGUUGCUCGCGUUGCUUUGUUGUUAUGGUGCCUCGCUUUUUGUUCAUUUAUUUCAGCCUCGCUGGUGUUGCUGUAUCUUAAGUCAUUUACAUAUCUGAGGCAGGAAUUUUCUCCAAUAUCCAUGUGUCCACAGGUGCUGAGUCUGUUGGGAAAUGUACCUGGCAGAGGUGCUAGCUGAGACACUGGAAGCUGUUAAGGGGAAGAACGCUACUCCGUAGAAAGACCUGAGACACCCUUAAGAACUGAGAAUCUGACUAAUUUAAACAGAUGGCUAAUCCCAGUGCUGUCUGCAAUGGACAUCUACAUCAUCAUCAUCAUCAGAAACAAAACAACAUCUUAAAAAGUGGAAUCUAUAAGAAAAAUGGAAUUACUAAAGGAAUGAAGAAGAAUGGCGUAUCAAAUGGAACUCUCCACAAAAAAACAAUUACUGAGCACUUUGAACAGGCACCAAUGUAUGUUGCUGUUCUUACUUUCCUGGGUUUUGGAGUGGGAACAAUAUUUGGCUACCUGCGAGAUUUUAUGAGAGCCUGGGGACUAGAAAAACGUAACGUUGCUGCAGAGAGAGAACAACAAAAAGAUUUUGUGCCACUUUAUCAAGAUUUUGAGAACUUUUACACCAGAAACCUCUAUAUGAGAAUACGGGAUAACUGGAAUCGUCCAAUUUGCAGUGUCCCAGGCCCACAGUUUGACCUCAUGGAACGCGUUACAGAUGAUUACAACUGGACAUUUAGGUUUACAGGAAGAACUAUCAAGAAUGUAAUCAAUAUGGGUUCUUAUAACUACCUCGGCUUUGCAGAAACGGAUGUCAAUGCUUUGAAAACUGUGACCAUAGAGUUACAAAAAUAUGGGACAGGAAUCUGCAGUACCAGACAGGAAAUGGGCACCCUAGACAAACAUGUAGAACUAGAGAAACUUGUGGCCAAGUUCCUUGGUGUGGAAGAUGCUAUGGUGUUUGGCAUGGGCUUUGCAACUAACUCGAUGAAUAUCCCAGCCCUUGUUGGGAAGGGCUGCCUCAUUUUAAGUGAUGAGUUGAACCACACUUCUCUCGUUCUUGGUGCGAGGCUUUCAGGUGCUACUAUUAGAAUCUUCAAGCAUAAUAAUAUGCAGAGCCUUGAGAAGUUGCUGAGGGAUGCAAUAAUAUAUGGGCAGCCUCGAAGCCGCAGAGCAUGGAGAAAAAUUCUCAUCCUUGUGGAGGGCAUUUACAGCAUGGAAGGGUCCAUUGUGCGCUUGCCAGAGAUAGUCUCCUUGAAGAAGAAAUACAAAGCCUACCUCUACUUGGACGAAGCUCACAGCAUCGGUGCAGUAGGAGCAACAGGACGAGGAGUUGUGGAGUACUUCGGUAUGAGUCCUGAUGAUGUUGACGUAUUAAUGGGAACAUUCACAAAGAGCUUUGGCGCAGCUGGAGGAUACAUAGCUGGCAAAAAGGACCUUGUGGACUUUUUACGAACUCAUUCUCACAGUGCUGUGUAUGCUACAUCUAUGUGUCCACCCGUAGCAGAGCAAAUCAUCAGGGCGAUGAAAUGUCUCAUGGGAUUAGACGGGACAACACAAGGGCUCCAAAGAGUGCGCCAGCUGGGGAAAAACACAAGAUACUUCAGACGACGACUGCAUGAAAUGGGCUUCAUCAUUUAUGGAAAUGAUGAUUCUCCUGUUGUCCCAUUACUCCUUUAUAUGCCUGGUAAGAUAGGGGCUUUUGCAAGACGCAUGUUAGAAAAAAAUAUCGGGGUGGUUGUGGUUGGCUUUCCAGCUACUCCUAUCACAGAAUCCAGGGCUCGGUUUUGUGUGUCAGCUGCACACACACGGGAGAUGUUAGACACGGUUUUGAAUGCUCUGGAUGAAUUGGGUGAUUUUCUACAUCUGAAAUAUUCCCGGUAUUCCAAGUCAUCUCAUCCUGAACUGUAUGAAGAAACUAGGCUUGAACUUGAAGAUUAAGUUUUCCACCCAUGAAGAGAACAUUAUGUUGCUAUGAAAAGGGGGAAAACACGAAAACUAAAAAACACGAAUGCAUUUCUUCCCUUCUAAGGACAAUUUUUGUUACACAGUUAAUUGAAAGGAGGGGAAGCUCAGGUGUUGCAUUUUAUUGUAUCAAAUUUCUGUAUUCAAGAGACUGAAAUAUUGAUACAGAUUUGCGUCCCCAGGAGAUCUGUCCUUCUUAUGGUAUUUUUGAUGCAGAAUGAAUGCAUCCAUUGAUCGAGUUGCUAAUGUUCAGCUUUUGUUAUGGCCCCUUUUUAUGAAGAGGCUUCAGAUAGUCUUAAUUGUGACUGAAAUAAUAAAGUUUAAAAACUGAA